AUCGCAGUUUGAAUAGUCACCACUAGAUAGCACCACAGAGUCAUUGUUGAAACAGUUCUUUGCGACAGCUUGCCCCGUUUUCGGCAUCUCUGGCAUUUACUGUAGAGUAAACAAACAAAACCGUCUAACUCCCAAGAACAACUUUAACGGUCGCAAAAAUGAUUCUCCGAAGUCGACUUCUGUUUGGUCUUGGUUUUCGCAUGUGUUCCACUCAUGUGACAAAAGGACUGAAAGACACAGUAAGACCAAACUCAGAUAUGUCAGAGUUUCGUAAGGUCUUUUCCCAAGCUAAGCACAUAGUCAUCAUCACUGGGGCUGGUGUGAACGCUGAGAGUGGCAUCCCAACCUUCAGGGGAGUGCAUGAAAAGUGGAGGAAGUGGCACUCUCAGGACCUGGCCACUCCAGAGGCCUUCUCUCGUACGCCUUCUAGGGUCUGGGAGUUUUACCAUUACAGAAGGGAAUUGGUUGUGAACAAGAAACCGAACGCUGCACACUUGGCCAUCGCAGAGUGUGAGGCACGUUUGAGGAAGCAGGGACGAGAGGUGGUCGUCAUAACACAGUGCACCGACGAUCUCCACAGACAGGCAGGGUCCAAACAUGUCCUCCAGAUCCACGGCAACCAGAUGGAAACACGGUGUAUGAGUUGCGGAGAUGUGACUGUCAACAAACAUAGCCCCAUAUGUCCUGCCUUGAAGGACAAAGGUGCACCCGGGCCAGAUGUUCCUGACGCUGACAUUCCAGUGGAUAAACUGCCGAGGUGUGAUGAAAGUGACUGCCAUGGUCUGUUAAGACCAAACGUGGUUUUCUUUGGAGAAACUCUAGAUUCUCACAUCCUGACCAAAGUGGAAAAAGAAAUGGAAAUCUGCGACCUCUGUCUUGUGGUGGGUACAUCUUCCAUUGUGUACCCAGCAGCCAUGUUUGGACCCAGGAUUGCAUCCAGAGGUGUCCCAGUGGCAGAGUUCAACAUGCAAACAACUCCAAAGUCUGAGUACUUCACGUACCAUUUCCAUGGACCAUGUGGCACAACACUGCCUCCAGCCUUGGAGCAACAUGAGUCAGAGGUUACUCACUGACUGAAUACACAGCAGUCAGUGAAUAUCUGUUUACCUUUAAUCUAAUGCAAUACAAAACUGCAACUUUUUACUACAUUUUCUUUUCCAAAUCUUUGCCUUAAAAUCUAAUCGGCUGUGGAUGCCUGGUAAGAGGUUGAGCUGUUAGUACUCCAGCUGUGUGUUUUAGGACUACAGUAUGAUGUGGGUUUUUUUUAUUACUUGAAUCUAUCACUCAUGCAACUGGAAGUGGGGAGUUAACUGUUUUUUGUUUUGCUGUCUAGUGUAUCUGGGAACAAUGUGUCUUUAUGAAAAUCAAUAUAAUGCAAACUAGUUGUUAACAUAGGAUUUGCUGAGGUGUCAGAGGAUGUGGUGAUGGGAUCAAAUGCUGGAUCAGGGGCUGAACAUAUACUUUGCUUUAAAAAUGUAUAUCACUGCUCUUUCCAGUGAAAAAUAUUCAUCUCUUUUUUAUGUCUACAAAAUGAACACAUGAACAGACAGAAACUAAAUCCUGUGCCUUUCAUAACUGUUUACCCAACCUUGACCAAAUGUUUUCUUUAAACCUGGAGUGAAAAACAACUUCUGAGACUUGACCCCAGUGCAGUCUAUUUCUGACCAAAAUGGGGAAGAAAAGUGACGAUGAGGAGAGAAGAAGAGAGGAGAGGAGAGGAGAGGAAAAAACUACUCAUUUGUCCUCAACCAUUUGUUUGAGAACAAAUGAGAAUGUGUUGUUGUCACAAUGUCUACCUGUGUUUUAACAUGAGUAUUGUUACAUUAAGUGGAUUUUUAUCAUCCAUGGUGCAUUUUUACAUAUUUAGUCCUGGGUUUAUUGUGGCAUGUUCAAACACUGAAUAAAACCGAUUAUUUUCAUAAAAAGAAAUUAGAAAAGAGUAAAAUUCACAGUACCAUUGAACAAACCUAUGCAAACGUGUACUUUCUUAUACUGUUUUCUACUAUAACUAAUAAAAACUAAAAUGCAAAGUA